CUUGGUGUUGGAUAUAUCUGGGCAGGAUCACGUGUAGUGCGAAACAGGGUCGGCAAGCUGGAAGCGAACAUAGCUCUACUACAUCGCUUCGACCCCCGCUGGCCGACGUCCGCAUCUCCUACGAGCUAGUCUCUUUUGCACAGGUCAGGUCACACUGGACAGCCUGACCAACUCUAUCACGUCUCGCUAGCUUCAGGUUUGGAGCUGUUCCGGCACGGGACCGUAGUAUGAACAAGCUCAAGAAACCUGACCAUGAAACGGCACGGGAUGGACGAAGCACACCUACAGCCAAUGUGCCGAAUAACGCACAAGUCGCUUCCUCCUCCAGAGCCCAGAGUCGUACCAUGAUGUACGCACAAUCCGCCUUGGUACCCGCCUCAGGUUCCUACAGGUCGCAAGCUACGACCUCGGUCAAGACAGCCUUGAAUUUCCCGCCAAGUGUGAAACCCACCACCACCGCGGAACGGUACUGGGCCGCACGCGCGCUGACAGCAGAGACUCUGCUCUCUGCACGCGUUGAUCACCAAGGCGAGCUGCUGGCGUUGAGCACUGCGGAGGAAGAGAAGCGCGCGCGCGAAAUUGCCCUUCUGCAGCGGCGGCAUGAGGAACGUUAUAUGAGACUGGAAUUGCUUGUGGUCUUCCUCGUGUGUUGCCUUGUUGCGACCGUCGCCGCAAUCGUACAUUCGCAUUCUUCCUUGCACCAUCACACAGCCACCGGAUGGUCCAUACCCACGCACUUCACGAUACCCAUCCUCUCUCCAUUCACAUCGGUGGUUGAACAUGAGACGUCGACGCUCAACACGAGACUAGUCACUGCGUCAGCAGCGAUCCUUGCCGUGCUUGCGUAUGCUUGUUUUCGCUACUGGAUGAUCCACGGGCACAAGCGAUGAGAGUAUGGGAUGAAGCAAGACGCUGCGAAAUGACCGCAGUCGGAUAGUAACAUUCCUUCGCCGUCCGCCUUGCCUCCCGUCGGACCUUUCAUUACGAGAAGUCCGUGCUUCGAGUAUACAUGGAAGUCCUGCCUCUAUAGACUCCUCAGCGACUCCUCAAUGCGAUCGUUCCGCUCCACUGGGUCGAAGGGUGAGCGUGGCAGCGAUUAGAACCACGCAAAGUCAAGUACAUAUGAUCAGACUUGGAGAUGCAGCCAACCUAUGCCAAACCGACUUGAAUGUCGCGACUCGCCUCGCUCAGCUCCCUCUCACCGGUAUUUGCUAACGACGAGUACAACCGACAGUCUUCUCCACACCAAUGCGC